CGGUGUAAAUUGUAAUAUAUUGUGUGCUGUAAUUUGUGCAAAAUUCCCAAAAAUCAAACCCUUACCCGCCGCUUUUCUAACAAAAACAGAAAACGGAUAAAGUUUCUCUCAUCCCUGUCUCUCUAGCACUCAAAGUUUGUGCUGAAGUAGAAAUGCUUGCCAACCCUAGCUUCCAUGGACGACCUCUGCAAUUUGUACCAACAGUUCGUAACGAACUAUGCAGGCCCUACCCUUGCCCUCUACAGCUUCACAGCAGAAGCUAUCAGUUCCUUGCUUCCUCAUUGGGAGACAAGAGGAAGAGAAUAAGAAGAAGAAGAAGCAUUAGCCGAAGUUUUAAAACUCAAUUCUCCGUAAGAGCUUCAGCGGAGCCUCAGGACCUGUCGGUUUUGGCUGUGGGUAGUGCUGGAGUUCAAGCCUCCCCAUUCUCUGUUCGAAUACCCGUUGGGGAUAGACAUAUAACGGUUGAGACAGGUCUUAUAGGGAGGCAGGCUAGUGGGGCAGUUACAGUUACAGAUGGAGAAACUGUAAGUUGUUUUCCUCUAUUCACAACCUUGUGUCGAUGGAGGAUUGUUGCAUCCAGCUUCCUAUCCAAUUGA